GUGUGGUAUCGUGUAAUACAAAUAGUUAUCAAUAGGGAUGAUGUACAGGGCUAUGCUGCUAAGACAGUGUUUGAGUCCUUGCAAGCACCAGCAUGUCAUGAAAACAUGGUUAAAGUUGGCGGCUAUAUUCUAGGAGAAUUUGGUAAUUUGAUUGCUGGUGAUCCAAGAUCGAGCCCUCAAGUUCAAUUCAACCUACUGCAUUCUAAGUUUCAUCUAUGCAGUAUCACAACAAGAGGAUUACUUCUCUCAUCCUAUGUAAAGUUCAUCAAUCUAUUCCAUGAGAUGAAGGUGGUGAUACAGGAGAUAGGGGUGAAGUCUGAGUUCCGUCAGUCCCUUGGCAGAUUAGGACUAUUCUAUGGUAAUAAGACGAGUUACCAAUUCAUGAAUUUCAUGCCAGUACUUUCAUCACCAGGAAAUCUAAAAUCAGAUAUCCUUUUAUUAAUGAUGUUCAGUCUAAUACCUGUAGAUUCUACAGUUGAUGCUGGAGCUCAAGUUCAACAACUUAUAAAUGUGGAGUGUAACACUUCCUUUGAUGAAGCACCCAUUCUGAUUGUUAAUUUCACCGUACUGAAGGGACCUAAUUCAUCGGGACAAUGCAGAUGGUAUUGUAGUAUCCCACAGAGUAUCAGCCUAAAACUGCCUGUCAUGGUCAAUAAAUUUUUUGAACAAACUGAAAUGGGUUCACAAAUUUUCUUCUCAAGGUGGAAACUACUCAGCAACCCUGCACAAGAAGAACAGAAAAUAUUUAAAGCGCAGUUUCCAAUUGACAAAGAAGUAAAUAAAGCGAAGAUAAUUGGCUUUGGUUUAAGUUCGUUAGAAGGCGUUGAUCCUAAUCCUGAUAAUUACGUUGGUGCUGGUGUUAUUCACACAAAAGCCAUGCAAAUAGGAUGUCUAAUGAGACUGGAACCCAACCUACAAGCACAGAUGUAUCGCCUUACGCUGAGGACCAGUAAAGAAUCUGUCUCUAAACGACUGUGCGAAUUGCUAAGCGUCCAGUUUUAAAAUCAGACAAAUAUUGAAUGUACAGUAGAAGGUUAAAGGUCAUACUUACAGCCACUGACUUUUGUCUGCUGAAAAAAACUUGAUAGUUUGUACGACAAGAUACAAAUCAUUGUGCAGGAUUAAUAUCUUUACUAUUGAGUAAUUCGUUUUAGAAAAUAGACGUCACUGGUCAGUUUUUUCUGCCUUGCAUUCCCACUUUACAAGUCUGUGUAAUAACACUCCCAGAACAAAUUAAAAACAUAUGAUGCAUUAAUAAAGUGAUGCUAUUUUACGUGAACAAAUAUGCUAUAUUAAAAAGUAGAUAUUCUGCCCUCACUUUUCUGCUACUGUAAAAGGGUUAAUUAUUCACUGGGUUUUAAUUUUGUUUAUUGCGCUGAAUAUGUAAAAUUUAGCAUAGAACGCAUUAUCUAAAUGAUUAGAUCGUGAAUUUAAAACCCACUGAAUAUGCCUGAAAUGGUAAACCCAGAGAAAAUUAGUCAUUUUACAGUAAUUUAAUUUGAGAAUACGGAAGGGUCAUAUCCCUUAAACAACCAUACCUGCAAUGUAAAUGGCCUUCAAGGACAAAGUCUCCUAUUAAACUGAGCAAGUGUCUAAUAUUUACAAAACUUCAUUUAGGAGAGGUGUCGUUUAAAUUUUUAUUCUGCAUUUAAUUUUGUAUUACCCACCCACAACAUUUAUAUUGGUUUGAGGAUGGUACCUUGCAAAGUAGGAAUGCAACUUUAAAAUAAAUGUGUGUUUUUAUGUCAAUUAUGGUGGCGCUUGGAAUUGAUUAGUGUCCGGGAUUAGUCUCGCAUCUAUAUCAUGCAGUUUUGUUAUUUUAAUUUCUCUUUAUCACUUUCGUGAUGACUGACUACUGUACCACCCUUAGGAAAUCAUUGUUGAAAUUUGGUGAUCUUUUUUUAAGUUAGAUAGUAAAAAAAUUGUUACCCAUGAACGCACAUUUAUUGCUUGAUGAGCAAUUGAUGUAGCAACAUGCAUACGAAGCUUGUUUACUUUGUUUACUUUAGAUUUAUGCAUCAAUAUGUACAUUAUGUAGUUUGUUCUGUUAUUUAAAAACGUUCGCUUCGCUCACAGAAGGAUCACUUCCUUAAAAUGCUUCUCCAAGAAAAAAAACUUAUCACUUAAUAAAUUUAACUAAACAUUGUACACCAAGGUCACUGAAGCCA